CUGGCAUUGGUGGAGGUCGGGUCGGUGGAUUCGAACCCACGUGCACAAAAUAACAGUGAAAACACCACAAAUAAACUAAAAAAAACACCCCGAAAAACACCCAAGACCUGAAAAUCCCAGGGUAUUUUCACUCAGGGGUAGGCUGGACAUGAGUGCGGCCGAGAUGGGCACCCCUGGAACACCCCUGGGCUCACCAACACAGCCCAUUACCCAUCAUUUCCACUCCACCCCGGACCACGCCUCUGUCGCUCUGCAGGCCAUGAACAAACUAAGGGCUAACUCACAGCUGUGUGAUAUCGAGUUAGUAGCAGGAGCAGCCUCAGUCUUCGCCCACCGUGUCGUGUUGGCCGCUGCCUCUGCCUACUUUCACGUCAUGUUCAAUUGUGACUUGGUGGAGAAGAAGCAGGACAAAGUAACACUGCAAGAUUUGGAUUCUCUCGCCCUGCAGCUUUUGGUCGAAUAUUCCUACACAGGUGACAUUAUCAUUACUGAGGAUAAUGUACAGGUUCUACUGCCAGCGUCAAGCCUUCUACAGAUGAGCAGUGUGAGGGAAGCCUGUUGCAAGUUUCUAAUGAGACAGCUUCACCCCUCAAACUGUCUCGGAAUAAGGAGUUUUGCAGACACUCACAGCUGCGGGGAGCUUCAUACACGCUCUCACAAGUUUGCCCUUCAGAAUUUCCCAGAGGUGUGUGGGACUGAAGAAUUCCUGCUCUUACCUUACAAACAGGUGGAAGAGCUCAUCUCUUCACCCCAUCUAAAUGUUCCGUGUGAGGAGAAAGUGUUCACUGCUGUUAUAUCCUGGGUGAAGCAUGACCUGCCAGCCAGACAGAAAUAUGUGCCGGAGCUUCUAAAACACGUGCGCCUCCCUCUGCUAUCACGUGACUUCCUAACUUCAAACGUGGACGCUGAACCCUUAGUGAGAGAGAACGCUUCCUGUCACCAUCUGCUUCUGGAGGCCUUGAAAUACCACCUCCUUCCUGAGCAGAGGGCUGUUCUCGCCUCCCCACGCACGUUAGAAAGGCAGCCUGACGGAGUGAAGCCUUAUUUAUUUGCGUGUGGUGGAGGCAGUCUGUUCGCCAUCCACAGCGAGGUAGAGUGUUACAAUCCACGCACGGACAGGUGGAUGCCAGUCGCCUCCAUGAACUAUCGCAGGUCCCGCGCAGGUGUGACAUCCCUAGGGCGUUACCUGUACGUGAUGGGGGGAUACGAUGGCGCAUGUGACCUGUGUUCUGCUGAAAUGUACAACCCAGCCUUGAAUAAAUGGAUCAAUAUUACUGCCAUGGGGACAAAGAGGUCUUGUCUGGGUGUUGGUGCUAAUAACGGCCUCAUCUACUGUGUUGGCGGUUACGACGGCGCCUCCUGCCUCAACAGUGUAGAGAGAUAUGAUCCCUUAACAGGCACCUGGACGUCCUGCCCUGCCAUGGCCACUCGCAGGAGGUACUGUAGGGUGGCGCUCCUUGACUCCUGCAUCUACGCACUGGGCGGGUUUGACUCCACAAACUACCAAUGCACUGUGGAGAGACUGGACCCUCGCGUUGGGAAAUGGAUGUCAGUUCCCCCUAUGAUGAGCAGGCGGAGCAGCUGCGGGACCUCUGUGGUGGGCGGCAUGCUGUACUGUGUGGGUGGGAACGAUGGAACAAUGUGUAUGUCCUCGGUGGAACGGUACAACCCACGGAGGAACACCUGGGAGCCUAUUACUGCUAUGAAUUCCAGAAGGUCAACACACGAGGUGGUGGAAAUAGAAGGCCUUCUCUACGCCCUGGGAGGGAAUGAUGGGUCCUCCUCCCUCAACUCUAUGGAAAGAUACGACGUGAAGCAAAACAAAUGGAUUCUGGUCACCUCUAUGUUGUCUCGAAGGUCCUCGGUAGGCGCCGCUGUGGUGGACUGUUUGCAGCUGGAAAAGGGCCUCGCCAAAACCAGCUGACAGGUGGAGCGGUUCCCAUCACUUAUGUCCUAACGGGGGAGCCCUUCACUAGCCCUUCAGCCCUUCCCUAGCCCUUCAGACCCUUCACCAGCCCUUCACCAGCCCUUCAGCUCCACCAAGACCCCUUCACUGCUCUCUCUAGCCCCUUCACUGCUUCCCUUCAGCCCUUCAGUCUUUUGUCCAGUCCCCUUCAGCCCUUCAGUCUUUUGUCCAGUCCCCUUCAGCCCUUCACCAGCUCCCUUAGCCCCACCAAGACCCCUUCGCUGUUCUCUCUAGCCCUUCAUUGCUUUCCUUAGCCCUUCAGCCCUUCACCAGCCCUUCAGCCUUUUGUCCAGUCCCCUUCAGCCCCUUCAGUCACCUUAGCCCCUAUUAAGACCCCUUCACUGUUACCUCUUCCCCUUCACUGCCCUUCCUUUCCCCUUCCUUCUCUUCCCUUCCCCUUCAACACUUUCCCCUUCAAAUAAUAUAACUCUCUCUCUCUCUCUCUCUCUCUCUCUCUCUC